GUCGGUAGCCUCGAUAAUGCCGAAUCGAGCUCCGAAUACGGCUGCGAGGGAUGGAGUCACCUCUGAUGUCCGAGUGAGCCGAUCUCUGCUAGUAGCAUCGUCGUUCGCACAUGUGGUAACGCGAUAAAGUGACGCUUUCGCCAUAUUCACGACCAUGUUUCUCUCGCGGUUAUGGCGAUCCGCCGUCGCUGUCGCACGUGCGAACAGCAGGCCGCUGACAAAAUCCGUCAAGUCCAAACGGUUUCCGUUAACUUUUCGUUUUACGUCAACGUUGGCACUCUUUCAGCGGAUUCUCCUCCCUGUAGCACUCCUCUUUCAGCUCUUAGUGGGGAUGUUUUUCCUCCAUCAUUACCAAACCUCCUCUCGCCUCCCUUCCACGUCAGAAAUCUCCUCUGCCCGAGGAAAAACUUUUCUCGCUGCCCUAGAUGCGACUUCGUUCUCCACUUUAGCCGAUACUUCUCUUUCUAUAGCAGGCUACAGUACUGUAGCUAAAUCAGCGCGCAGUGAAUUCCACGCCGAGAAGCUGGUUACCAGCAUUGUCACACGAGCGGACAAUGCUGUAACCAGCACUGUUACAGGAGCAUCCGAGGAUGUAACCAGCGCGGACACACCUGUUACACGCGUGGCUCGCAUCUCAUUGGGCCUUGAUGACGUCACGAUCACGUCACUCAACAACCUGCAGCAGUCAACCGGGCUAAAAGCGGCUCCACUAGUGGUCAGUAGGGGACGGGGAAGAGGAGGAGGGAGAGGAGGAGGGAGAGGAGUGGGGAGAGGAGUGGGGGAAGGAGGGACGAGUGGAGGCGUGAAGAGUGGGCUGAGGGGAGAGUCAAGUGGAAAUGGUUGGGACAGAGGCGGAGGGGAAACAGCCGAGGAAAACCCUUCUAUAAGAAGGAGGGUGAAGAAAAUCUCGAAAUAUGCGAUGUUGUUAGAAAUGCUGGAGGAAGUUGCGAGGAAGGAGCAGCAGGCGAAGAGGGCUGUAGCGGAAUGGCAGAAGCUCGGGAAUCCCUGGCCUCCCGUGUUGGCUCGGCCGGACCUGCUGGCGAGGAAUGGGCUCCCGGUUCGGAACGCGGAUAGGUUUGCCGAGGCAGGCCUGGGAGAGGGGGUGGUGGCGGUACGUAGGGGAGGAGAGCAGGAGAAAGGGGGAGGAGGGGUGUUGCAUGGGGAGGGCGUGGUGGUGGUGCUGUACGUGCAUAAGAGGGCGGAGUACUUGAUAGUGGCUCUUGACGCGCUUUCCAGAGUUGAGGGGAUCAACGAGACCCUCCUCAUCGUCAGCCACGAUGGGUUCUUCCCUGCAGUCGACUCCCUCGUUCGCUCAAUCACCUUCUGCCGUGUGAAGCAGAUCUACUUCCCCUUCUCCCUGCACCUCCAAAACGGCUCCUUCCCAAACUGCUCCCCCCUAGACUGCCCUCCGGACAGCCGUCCCCAGGGGAGGAAGAAGCACGGGCUAAAGGAGGGGCAGGGAAUGGGGCAGAAAAAGGGGCAGAAAAAGGGGCAGGAUACGGGGGAAGAUGAGGGGCAGGAGGAGAAGAAGGCGUGUUUUGGAGAUGUGGACCAGAGUGGGCGGUACAGGGACCCUCACUUUGUGGCGUUAAAGCACCACUGGUGGUGGCUGCAGAACACGGUGUGGGAUGGCCUACCAGAGACUGAGUCUUUUACCGGCCACAUGCUGUUUAUAGAGGAGGACCAUCUGCUCUUCCCCAACGCUCUCUCCCACCUGCAAGCCCUCAUACGCGUUAAGAACAGGCGCUGCUCUGAGUGUGUGGGCGUGACGCUUGCGCCCUCGAACGUGCGGUCGAGGGGGGAGAGCGGGCUGCGGGCGUUUGUGAGGGAGAGGAUGGGGAAUGUGGGGUAUGCGUUCAACAGGACGGUUUGGGAGCAGAUUCACCAAACCCAUAAGUACUUCUGUCACUUUGAUGACUACAAUUGGGAUGUCUCCCUCUCAGAAUCCAUCUUCCACUUCUGGCGCCACUCCUCCGCCCUCCGCUGGUCAGCUGCUUCCGCUCAUCACUUUGGUCGCUGCGGCCUGCACUCAGAAAAGGCAGAUCCGCCGGCCCACUACCUUGUUCGAAAGAACGGGACUGGUCCUGGGCGCGGCAGUGAAGGCUCAGGAAUGGAAAUGUUAGCAGCAGGCGAUGGUCAGAGAAUCGAGCUCUAUAGAAGGAGGGGUGGCGAUUUUGCCGCUGUGAAUGUAACGGCGAAUGCGUCGUCAGCUGUGGAUCAGUGUUCACAAGAGGGCUUGCAACUGCCAAGAUUGUUGCCGCGUGAUUUACACCCGGAUAUCGACGUGGAUGCGCCCAUUAGAGCGUUUGAUUUUAGUGGGCCAGUUUUGAAACGGUUUACUGGGUUUGGAGGGUGGGGAGACGGGAGGGACCACAUGCUUUGCAUGCAUAUUGGUGCACUGUAUGGUCAGGAUGCGCAGAAGCAUGCAGCCUGAUUCUGUGUAAAUAUACCAUUUCAUGAUGU